CACAUCCCAUCUCAUCUCAUCUCAUCAGUAUUGGUUUACACGCUUUUACUACCAAACACUCUUGUAACCUUCUUCAUAUUCGAACCUUGACGACAACAAGGGUUUUGUCGGGUUGCUACCAUCCAUUCUUAGGUCUAAGCAGGUCAAAUUCAACACCCCAAGAGAAGUAAAAAAGGCUAGGUUAACCUAGUACCUUUUUCACUAUCUCCGGAUUUGAAUGGAAAUAUUACUAGAAUUUAAUCAAAACCCCACUUCGAUUUAUAAAGCUUCAGUUUUUCUACCCACCCCACUCCUUCAUUGCACAUGCAUCGCAUGAAAUACGAUUGGUAAUAUAGACCUAUGGUACCUACCUACCUACCUACCUACCCAUCUUGAAUAUUCAUUCAUAUUAUUACUUUUAUUGCCUAUAUUAUAACUAUCCUCUCUUCUUAUUUAAACCGAGGUUACUGUCCAGUCCUUCAUAUCCAACAUAUUCCUCUCUAUCACCAUGACGAGAAUAAUCUUAUCUACCGGCAACGUCAUCCUGGACGGCCCCUCUAUCAUUCGGAAACCAGGCACUUAUCGGUCCAAUCUCGAGCUUACAAAUUCACUCCGAAGUAACUUCUCGGCCGCGCAAAAAGAAUAUGCCUCUAUACUUCAUAAUGGCAAUGGUCACGCCUCUCGUUCUGGACAAAAUGGAUACAGCAGCCGACCAGCGCCAGAGGUGUGGACGGAAAGGGAAGAUUCUACUUUGUACGUGCCCCGCAUCGACUGGGAGUCAGCUGGGCUACAAGAGGAUCGCUCGCAAUACGAGAUUACCGUGAAGUUGUUCUUUCUACCGACGGCACCUCCCGAGAAGAGAAUUGAUUAUAUUAAAGAAGCAUUACGAUUGGUUAAGAAAGAGCUAGGCGUAAGCGACGUCGACCUCCUCAUAGCCUCAUACCCUGGCUUGACAUUUGAGGGAGAUUGCGAAUGGGAAGCCGAUAGAAAGAAUGCGACAAUGGGCAACGUCGAAGAAGAGGUGAAUACGUGGAGUUUGCUAGAAAAAUUGUAUAACCAGGGCCAGAUCAAACAACUUGGGAUUGCUGAAUUCGGCACCGACAAGCUAAAGAGGUUUCUAGACAAGGUCAAAGUUCGACCUACUGUUAACCAGAUCAAUAUCAGGAAUUGCUGCAACGUACCUCCGCCUCUGACAAAGCUUGCCAAGGACGAAGGUAUCGAACUGUACACACAUCACGAUUCUACAGAUAUCCUACCUAGCGGCACCUUGCGGGAGCUUCUUGGCCAAGGACCGCAGGGCGCUGGCGUCCUGGCGGACGGCGAGCCCAAUAGUAGCGGGCUCAAAGGGGAGAUCACCCCCGAGUGGGUUGUCAAGUAUACGGCGUUUGUCAAGGACCGGGGAGUCAUUGAGAAUAAAGGCUACUUUGCGAGCGCGGAAACGGUAGAGAAGGCAUGAGGCGUUCCUUGGGCAUAUUUCGGUAACGAUAGCAUCUGGUGGUUAGGGAUUUACCAGCAUUAGAUCAUGAGCACAGAACUGCACGGGUUUAGAGUGCGUAGU